AUGCAUUCCCUCCACAAGAUCGAAAAGAUUCUUUCUCAUGGCCAUCCUCAUCCAUCAUCAUCAUCAUCAUGGCUACUUUCAAAAUCCAUACUCUCGAAACCUAUUACCACCACUAACAAGAACAAAACCACCACCUCUCCAUUCAAACCAUCCAAGCUCGGAUCGGAAAGGAUGAUCAAUUCUUUCCACUCAUCACCAUCCGAAUCGGAUUUAAUACAAGCAUCACCUACGCGAAAUCAGUCCUCUCCAUUUUCUUCUUCAAAUAACUCCAAAAAUGUAAAAAGAAAUAAUUCCAUGAUGAUGAAUCAAGCAUUGGAAUCUUCAAUACGAUCCUUUCAUACUUCACAGUCGGAAAAGAGUUCCGAAGAAGGCUCACCUUCUCAACAACGAGCAAAAAUGGCGCUACUGGAAAAACUGCCAACGUCCUUAUUACUAUUUUUGUUAAUCUCAUUGGGAAAUGCAACCAUCAUGAUGAUUUCAAAAGAAGAAGAACAAGUUGAUUCUCAUUCUCAUGGAAUGAUUGUUCAUUUACAUGCUGAGGAAUCCAACAGUUUGGACGAGUCUCAAAAAACAGAAAAUUUACAAUAUUUCACUUUGGAUCAAGUGGCUCAACAUUGUUCCAAGCAAGCUGGUGGUAUUUGGGUCAUCUUUAAAGGAGGUGUCUAUGAUGUGACAGAAUUUAUUGAGGCACAUCCAGGAGGAACAGAAAAAAUCAUGCUUGCAUCUGGAAAGUCCAUUGAACCAUUUUGGGAAAUUUAUCGACAACAUCACACGAAAGAAGUUUAUGAAAUUUUGGAACAAUAUAAAAUUGGAAAAUUGGAUCCAAAGGAUGUUCAGAAAUUGAAUGAGUUGAAAGCAUCUCAAGAGAAUGCAAAUGAUAUUUAUGCCAAUGAUCCCAAAAAUAGAAAUCCAAUUCUUCAGGUGAAUAUGGAUAAACCUUUUAAUGCGGAGACACCUCCUUCAAUUUUGGUGGACAAAUUUAUUACUCCAAACGAAGUAUUUUUCAUUAGAAAUCACUUACCAGUUCCAAAACUUGAUGCAGACACCUACUUGUUGGAAAUUUCGGGAUUAGGAAUAGAAACCCCAAUCAAGCUCACAUUGAAUGAUUUGAAAAACAAUGAAAAGCUCAAACAUCACACCUUGACAGUUGCUCUUCAAUGUGCAGGAAAUAGAAGAACAGAAAUGUCAUGUUACAAGCCACCACGAGGUCUUGGAUGGACCAAUGCUGCAGUUGGAAACGCACAAUGGACAGGUGUCAAAUUGAUUGAUGUGUUAAAAUUGUACGGAAUUACAGAAGAAAAAAUUUUGAAUGAAGGAAAAGUUAAACAUGUGGAAUUUAAGGGAGCUGAUACAGAUGGUAUUUCAAGUUAUGCAAUUUCAAUUCCAGUGGAUCGAGCCAUGAGUGACAAAGCAGAUGUUUUAUUGGCUUUCAAAAUGAAUGGAGAGGACAUUCCAAUUGAUCACGGAUAUCCUGUUCGAGCCAUUGUACCUGGAGCUAUCGGUGCAAGAAAUGUGAAAUGGGUCACAAAAAUUGUGUUAAGUGACACUGAAUGUCAAUCUGUGUGGCAACAAAAAGAUUACAAAACUUUUGCUCCCUCUGUCGAUUGGGACACAGCAGAUUUUUCAAAAGCAAGUGCUGUGCAUGAUGCUCCUGUGCAAUCUUCGAUCUGUAGCCCAUCUCCAAACAUUCCAAUUAAGGAUGACACUGUGAUUGUUAAGGGUUAUGCCUUAGCUGGUUCAGGAAAUGGAAUUGAACGGGUGGACGUAACUACAGAUAAUGGAAAAACAUGGUACUCUGCGGAUAUGGAACGCGAACCUCUGAAGUAUAAUAGAAAUUAUGCAUGGUCUUUGUGGAAAGUGGAAGUUCCAGUGAGUGAUGAACACAAAAGUACGGGAGAAAUGAAAAUUUGCUCCAAAGCAGUCGAUACUGCAUACAAUGUUCAGCCAGAGGAUGUGAAGAGCAUUUGGAACAUUCGAGGCAUUUUGAAUAAUACAUGGCAUUGUGUGAAUUAUAAGGUUCAAAACGAUAGCGAUGGUGAGGACAAAUAA